GCCUCUCUGUUUCUAAUAGGAAACGAGUGGAAUCUAGUUUAGGCCACAGUUGCCACCUUGUGGAUGAGCUCAUUUGUUUGUCUGGUUGCCCAUGGACCCAGCGCUUUGCAGGGGGACCACGCCCCGCCGUCCUGUGCACAGUCCGCCGCCACACAGUAGACGUCCACAUCCGGGCGACCGCUCGCUGCCUCACAAGCCUGCGAAAAUGGCGACUACAGGGAGGAGUGCUUUAUUAUCAUCCACAUCAUCAGGACCUAAGAGCACACUCGAGAACCCAAACCCCGAAGAUGACGACGGACAGAAUUUAUGGUCGACGAUCCUGAGUGAAGUGUCGAGCCAUUCACGAUCAAAGCUCCCGUCUGGGAAAAAUGUCCUGGUUAUGGGCGAGGUGGGCUCGGGGAAGACCACCCUGGUUGCCAAGCUACAGGGAGUGGAGGACUACAUGAAGGGGCGUGGCCUGGAAUAUCUUUAUUUCAGCGUCCAUGACGACGACGUUGACGACCAGACCAGGUGCAACGCCUGGGUGUUGGACGGAGACCUCUACCACAAGGGUCUCCAGGGCGUGGCGGUGCCGGUGGGCGCGGUGGGCAGCUCGGUGCUGGUGGUGACGGUGGACAUGUCGCGGCCCUGGCACGCCCUGGACUCCCUGCAGAAGUGGGCCGCCGUGGCGCGGGAACACAUCGACAAGCUGCGCGUCCCCCCCGAGACCCUGCGCGACCUGGAGCACAGACUGGUGAAGCAGUUCCAGGAGUACACAGAGCCGGGCAGCGGAGAGGAUGGCGCCCCCCAGAGGCGGAGUGAAGAGGAGGAGAGCGUUCUCCUACCGCUGGGGGAAAACACACUCACAAACAACCUGGGCAUCCCUAUGGUGGUGGUCUGCACCAAGUGUGACGCCAUCAGCACGCUAGAAAAGGAACACGACUACAGAGACGAACACCUAGACUUCAUCCAGUCCCACAUCCGGCGCUUCUGUCUGCAGUACGGGGCGUCUCUGCUCUACACAUCGGUGAAGGAGCUGAAGAACUUGGACGUGUUGUACAAAUACCUGGUCCACAGACUGUACGGCUUCCCCUUCCACAGCCCCGCACAGGUGGUGGAGAGAGACGCAGUCUUCAUUCCAUCCGGCUGGGACAACGAGAAGAAGAUAGCCAUCCUCCACGAGAACUUCCAGACCAUUAAAGCCGACGAUAACUUUGAGGAAGUAAUAGUCAAACCGCCCGUCAGGAAGUUUGUCCAUGAGAAGGAGAUCCAAGCUGAAGACGACCAGGUGUUUCUGGUCAAACUGCAGUCCUUGCUCGCUAAACAGCCGGCCGCGAGCGCUGGGCGACCAGUGGACACGACGACAAGAGCCCCCAGCGGCUCGCCACGGACCAGUAACCGAUCGGCAGCGGCUAACGUGGCUAACACCAUGCCGCAGUCAGGUCAGACGAGUGAGGGGGUGCUGGCCAACUUCUUCAAUAGUCUGCUGACAAAGAAGGCUGGGGCUGGGGGGCCAGGGACUCCUGGCAGCGCAAACAACACGCCCGGAACCGUGCGCAAGUCAGGUUCUAAGCUGGGCCUGAGUGACGUGCAGGCGGAGCUGGACCGCAUCUCCAACCGGGACAGCGACUUGGAUCUCCCCAACGCCAACGACAGCGGCGCUUCAGACGGCCAGGACACAUGAAGAACACGCGUUCACACUCACACACAAACACACACUCGCAUUCGCCUCGACUCUCCCUUCCUCCCCUCCCGCACUCGGAGCAUCCAUCCAUAUCCCUCCUACUUCCCUGAGACACCGUGGGAAGAAACAAACGGGGAACAUCCUGCUUUUACCCCAUCCUCAUCUUUCUAUCUCCCCUCCCCCCACAGGGGCAGAAAGUCACCCCUCUCCCUGUACCUCACCCACUGCAGUCCUUAACGCCUUUGCACGCCCCUCUUCCAUCUCUUUGGUUCUCCGUCCUAUCAUCAGUCCUUCCUCCUCCUGCUCUAGUGGUGCAAUUGACUGUGGCGAGGGCAGAGUUUUUUUUUCUCAUCCUCGCGUCUGAAUACUGUCCUUCAAGUGGUGGUGGAGGGUGGGAGAACAGAUGAGGAAGGGGGAGAGAGAUAGAUGGAGAAGUGAG